GACCGGUUGGAUGUUUUUAGCCCGGCGAACAGCAACCGAAGCACGUAAAAUGUAAUAAUUGGGUUUCUUUUUUAAAAAUGAAAUAUAAUGUAAGUUCAUUCAUAGUCCGGUAAACAUUAUUGUUUCCACCGAGACGACAAACAUGGAGUCUGCUGGGAACAAAACCAAGAAGAAGAAGAAGUUGUUGGUGUACGGUCUUCUUCUUUGGUGGUCGCUGCUGGUCGAAGAGGCGUCGGCAGCUUCUUUCUAUGGUGAUGGCUUCGUACAGCUCAAGGCCACGGAGUCGUCGGACCAUAACGUGCUCCGCGUUCGCUUUCGAACCUCCAGCACCGACGGCCUGCUGUUUCUUGCUGCCGGCCAGGCCAACUACUUCCUGCUGGAGCUUCACGCCGGUCGCCUGCAGGUUAAACUGGACCUUGGAUCGGGGGAGCAAGUGCUAGAAUCAGACCGAGGCAUCCAGCUCAACGAUCUGGCCUGGCAUUCUGUAGAGGUCCACCACCUGCGGUCAAAUGUCACGCUGACUGUUGACAAAAACUCGCACACAAGCAUAAAGAUGCCUGGUCCUYAUCACAUCCUCAACAUUAUUGAUGGUCUUUAUGUUGGAAACUCGGGGGGUUUGGAUAAAAUGUAUCUACCUAGAGACUUGAUCGGCUUUCGAGGCUGCAUGGACGAGGUGGUCUUCAAUAAGCAUGACUUGUUGUCGUCACUGAGACCAUAUACUGGAUACAAAUAUGUCUAUGAAGUGUCUUUAGGCUGCAGUCCCCAGUUUUCUGCUGAUGUAGAGGAUUCUGUCAGUUUCUUCAGUUCCAGGGCUUAUGUCUCUCUUCCAACUUGGACUAUUCAUCAAGAGGCUGUAUUUCAGUGUGUUGUGCAUACUUCAGCCAAAGAGGGGAUUAUUCUCUACAGUUCAGCCAGAGAGGGGGGAUUUGUUGCUCUGGAGAUUCAGGAAGGUUUGCCAGUGGCCAUUGUUGGGAAAGGUGGAGUCAAAACUGAGUUACGUUCACAAACAUUUGUUAAUGACAGAAAAUGGCAUUCUUUGAAGUUGCGUUUUAGUUCAAGAAAUAUUGACCUAACAGUGGAUGGAGAAAUGGUAAAAAGUAGCAUUAGCUCCCAUUUAAAGAGGCUUCAUCUCAAAGGUUAUCUUUUUGUUGGAGGUAUAGAUGAUGGCACCAGGUCAGAGGUCAGAAAGGUAGGGCUCAUCUCCGUAUCAGGAAGACGUGUCAGAGGAGGUUCCUUUAAAGGAUGCUUAAAGGAUUUGGAAGUAAAUAGAGUCAAAAUGAGUCUUGCUAAUGCAUUAGUCACCAAAGAUAUCUCAGUCGGCUGUGAACCAGAGAAGCCACCAGAACCACCAACAUCUGUGAAUCCUACAAGUACACCAAAACCCCUUUUUCAUUUGAUAACACCAACGCCAUCCCUUCACAUGUCCACCCUUGCAUUUGGCUUAGACAGAAGGUACGGUACAGAUUUCGUACAGGUUAGGAACCUUGUGGUUCAGGAGGGUGGCCGAGCAUCUCUUGAGGCCAAACACAUCAAGGUAUUGUUGGACUUCAAGAAGCUUGGCAUUCGACAGUCUCAAAUUAUGUUCAGAAUUGUAGAGCAACCGAUCAGAGGUCAGAUGAGGCUCGACGUCGAUCAGGACCAAGAGGAGAACACAUUCAGCAUGCUGGAUCUUUGGCAUGGGAGAGUGGUGUACGUUCACGGAGGCUCAGAGGAACCAGAUGACUUCUUCAUGUUUUCAAUUUUUUGUAGCAGUAGAAAGCAAGUUCCUGAUUACCUGAAGGACGGCAAAUUAUACCAGUACAAUAUAACUGUGACMCCCACCAAUGAUGCACCGGAAUUGAGCCUUCCUGAAGGAAAUCUCUUUGUCCUGUUGGAGAACUCUAAGAAACUUCUGACCUCAGAUAUUCUGAAAGCCACAGAUAUAGACAGUAACUACACAGAUGUUAUCUUCUCUGUGCUUGGAAAUCUGAAUGCUGAUGCAGGCUAUUUGGAAAUAGAGAGCAACCCUGGCAAAGCAGUUACGUCAUUCUCGUACACAGACUUGAAUGAAUUAAGGGUGUACUAUGUUCACACAGGGGUGAGAAACUCAAGGAUAGUUCUCAGGGUCAGUGAUGGGGAAAAAGUCAGCAACACUGUKGUUUUAAGGGUCAUGGCUGUAGCAYUGCAGUAUAAAAUUGYCAACAACACUGGGCUUGAGAUYGUUCAAGGUGAGACAGCUGUAAUYAGUUCAAAGCAAUUGGCAGUGCAAACCAAUGCUGUGAAACAAGUUGUAGAAAUCCGAUACGACAUCAUCGAACCCCCACAGUUUGGAGAACUCCAGAGGCUUCACUCGAGUGGGGAAUGGAGGCGGACCGAGUCAUUUUCACAAAGACUUUUAGAAAAAGAGCGUCUUCGAUAURUUAACACCUUUCAAGACAUCCAAACGUCAAAUGUCACUGAUUAUUUUAAGUGCAAAGUUGUUGUAGCUGCAAGUGCAAACACAGAAAUAAUUUUCCCAAUUACUGUUAGCUGGAUAAAGUAUCAGCUGGUGAAGAAUGUAAUGAUGAACAUGGAUAAAGUUAGAAAAGUGGCAUUAAGCUCAGAGUACCUUUGUGCCAGAGCUGAAGGUGUGGUCGUCUCAGAAGAUGACCUGUACUUUCGGGUUCUUACUACACCAAAGAAAGGGAAGCUCCUGCUUAAUACUUCACUGUUGACAAAGAACUCAACCUUCAGCCAGAAAGACCUGAACGAGAAAAAGGUCCACUAUGAGCUUGUUGAUAGACCCUAUGAGGACACAACAGACAGRUUCAAGUUUCAGCUGGUUUCUAAACAUGCUCAGUCUGAAAAUUAUGACUUUCAGUUUUCCAUCAAGGCUGACGUCAACAGCGUGUUUAUGAGAAAUAAAGGACUCRCACUUCAAGAGGGAGAAAGUAAACUCAUCACUAAAGAUGAGCUGUUUGCAGAGAGYUUGAGUACAAAGGACAUGUUCUACACGGUCAUGAGGAGCCCUAAACAUGGAAAGCUAGCUCGUAUUAGUCAGUCAAACUCCARUGCCAGCUAUGACAACAUCUUCACCUUUAGUAAUCAGGAUAUACUGCAGGAACGGUUGAUGUACAUCCACGAUGACAGUGAAACAACUCAAGAUGGAUUUACUUUCAUAGCUUCUACCAGCCAAAAAUUCAAGUCUUCCAUCGAAGRAGAUGAAAUUGGCUCCAAAGAAGGAAUAUUCAACAUCUCUAUUCAGCUGCUUAAUGACCAAAAGCCAAUGCGUGUCAUCGAUAAAGUUUUUCAUGUAGUAAGGGAUGGACAGAAGUUGCUCACUAUAGAAGACUUGCGCUACCAUGAUGCGGACUCUGACUUCGAUGAUGGCCAGCUCAUCUACACUCGACGUGGAAUCCCAAUGGGAGACCUUGUGCUGGUCAACGACACCACUCAUCGACUGUUCCAGUUUCAACAGAAGGACUUGGAGGAAAGACGAGUGYUGUUCUUUCACAAAGGCGUGAGCACUGGCAGAUUUGUGCUGUUCGUCUCAGAUGGAAAACAUUUCGUAUCGAGCCUUUUGGACGUCAGUGCUCGUGAUCCUUUCUUGAAGGUCGCUAAUAACACUGGUCUGUUGGUUCAGAAAGGACAAUCAGUGACUUUUUCCACCAGCAAUUUCAGUCUUGUAUCAAAUUUGGACAUAAGACAUGACAAAGAUGUUGUUUUCAAUUUGAGUGAGGGUCCCAAAUAUGGAGCUCUUUAUUUGAAUAAAACAAUCGUGGAGUCAUUCACGCAGUUUGACCUAAAAAAUGGACUGAUCUCCUAUCGGCACAAUGACAGCAAACAUCUGACGGACUUUUUCAACCUAACAGUGAAAGCUAAAGGUCUUCAGCUUGCAGAGAGAAUCAAUGUGAAGGUUUAUCUGGAAAGUCAUCAGAGGCCACCUAUCGUGCAGCAUCUAGARUCUUUACUUGUGGAAGAGGGAAAACCAGUGAAGAUUGAUGAAACUAAACUUGAGGUCACACAUGAGGACAACCUGCCAUCUGAGAUUGCGUUUGCAGUCAGGGUAGCCCCAUCGCACGGCUAUCUCAGGCGUUUUGUAGAGGCAGAGGAGCGCUACAUCGGAACCAAACAGUCGCCUGUCAAGACGUUUACCCAGGACGACAUUAACGGCGGCAACAUCCAGUACGUGCAGGUGGAGCCGAACAAAGUGAACGACACCUUCGUCCUAGAUGCCACCAACGGGGUCACUGACGUCUGCGGCAUUAGGGUGUCUGUUGACAUCAUCCCCCUCCUUAUCCCCCUUCACGUCACUAAUUUCACACUGACUGAGGGCGCCUCGAAGGCACUUACCCAGGAAGUGCUCAAAGUCACUAACAGACACUUUUCUGGAAUCAGUUUCCUUUAUAUUUUGACCGAUUUGCCUCAUCAUGGUCGCAUAGAGCACUCCAGACACCCUGGUGUGUCCAUAACCACUUUCACCAGGAGGCAGGUGGAGCAUGAAUUCAUUUACUACGUCCACGACAACAGCGAAACCCUCGCUGACAAUUUCACAGUGGUGGCCAACGACACGGGCCUGAGGAAGCAAAGUGCAGCUCAGACAGUUUACAUCGAGGUUACUGCUGUCAAUGAUGAGCCUCCUGUUAUUACAACCAACAGGGUCCUCAGGGUUUGGGUGUCGUCGGUUACAGAAAUCAGACCAGAGGAUCUGAGAGCACAGGACCUGGAUUCCCCCCCAGAGGAGAUGCACUUCAUGGUGACCCCUCCGAGCAAUGGACACCUGGCCCUCAAGAGCAAUCCCAUGAAGGCAGUGUUGAACUUCACCCAGGCCCACAUCGACCAGGGACAGCUGCUGUUUGUUCACAAAGGUGCCAUGUCCGGAGGAUUCAACUUCCAAGUCAAUGAUGGGGUGAAUUUCACUCCCAGGCAGAUUUUUAGCAUCACAGCCAAAGCCUUAGUUCUCAGUUUGGAGAAAAACCUCCCCCUCAAGGUGUUUCCAGGUUCUUCGAGGCCGCUCACAAAUGUAGAUUUACAAGCUGUGACCAAUGAUGUCAGCAACACCUCAAACCGAGUUAUUACAUUCAGCCUGACCCGGCAUCCUAAGCUGGGGCGUCUGGUGAGGAGGCAGUCUGAUAACACAACAGAGGACGUCUCCACUUUCACACAAGAGAUGGUGGACAGAAGGGAAGUUGUUUACAUUCAAACUCCCAUUGAAUCUAUUGGGUGGGAAGCAAUGGACUCGAUGACCUUUUCUGUGUCAUCACCGCCUGCUUUUAUAGAGAGUCAAACCUUCAAAAUUGACAUCUCCUAUGAAAAUAAAGGACCUGAACACAACACAGUCCUCCUUGCUAACACAGGUGCUGAGGUGACAGAAGGCGGGAGCGUUGUCAUCGAUGAGUUCAUGCUGGACGCCUCAAACUUGAUGUCAAAGCUGCCGACUCCACAGCGGAGCUCCCACGAGGUCUGGUUUCAGGUGACGUCACUGCCUCAGCAUGGUGUUGUCACAGUGGGUGAGAGAAAUCUCACCAAGGAGAAACCCAACUUCUCUCAGUUCAUCGUCAGUAAAUAYGGUAUCACUUACCAGCACGACAACUCGGAGACGACUUGUGAUUCUUUUGUGUUCACUGCUUGGCUUAAUCCCAAGGGUAGGACUGCACAAYGCCCUCAGGAUGAAAAGGACGUUGUCGUGGAACAUUUUAACAUCACAAUCACGCCUGUAAAUGAUCAGCCACCUUUGCUGAGAAUUAAAACUCCAAGUCUGAAAGUGGUACAAGGRGAUAGAGUAACUCUCGGACCUGAAAAUCUCCAAGUUGAAGACUUGGACAAUCCUCCAGAGGAUAUUAAGUUUUCUGUGAUUAGCAAACCAAACAAUGGUUACCUAGCUCUCAUGGAACRUCUGAAUGAGUCAAUAGUGGCCUUUACUCAAGCCCAAAUCAACAACAGAAGUGUYUGUUUUGUUCAUGAUGGAAGUUCUGUCUCAGGGGUGUUCUACUUCAGUGUCACAGAUGGACAUCACAAACCCAUAUAUAAGCUGUUUAACAUAGACGUGACAGAGAUCGCCAUUAGUCUGGUCAACAACACAGAGGUGACACUGCAACAAGGCCAGACCUCGGUACCUGUGACCCAGAACAACCUCGCUGCUGAGUCAAAUGGAAAGGAUGUCACCAUUUGCUACAAAGUUACAAGGCCUCCAAACUUUGGCAAACUUCUGAUGGAAAACCAAGAAGUUACAGCAUUUAAACAAGAGGAUUUACAAGCUGGAAGGUUGUCCUACCAUAUGACCAUUCUCUCCUCCUCUGAGGACAGCUUUGAGUUCACAGCCUUCACUUCGGAGGCUAAUCUUACCRGCCAAGUGCUCAACAUAACCGUCAGACCUUUGAUGCAGGUUGGCAGAGGUUUGAGAAUUCCCAAUGGGAUUAAUGUCAAACUCAACUCUAGCUUUUUUAAUGUGUCURAAUUGGCUCGUUUGAGCGACAGUGACCCCGUCUUUGAAAUUACGUGCCAUCCCAGGCAUGGGAAGGUUGUUCAGAUGAAACAUAAAAUCACCAAGAAAGKUCUACCGGUUGAGUCUUUUACGUUUCAGGAAGUGGUGCAGGAGAAAAUAGCAUUGGAGCUKAACGCCAACAUGACCGGAGUUGAGGAGCUGAACGACUCACUGGCUUUUGUACUCAAAGCUGAUAACAUCCAACCUGCUAAAGGGGAAGUUCAUUUUACAAUUGUGCCAUAUGAUCCAGCACUUUCUCCCACCACAAAAAGUCCGGUCCCAACCACAUCACCACUUCCUCUGACACCAAUCAAGUCUUACAAGAACGGAACCACUUCCCUCGUACCGUCUACAGUUCUCCUCUCUACCCAGCAGCCAAUCAAAAACCAGCACAAAUUCAGUGGGCGCAACCGCUGGGGGAACUCGAACAGGACCAACUUCUUUGGCACGACUCUCGGCAAACCAUCUCAAACGGAGGGGUUUCAGAACACGCCGGUUCGAGUAGAGUCCUACCCUCAAAAAACCUCCAAUCCUCUCCUGAUCAUUUUGCCCCUGCUGGCCCUUCUACUUCUUAUAAUCAUCUUCGUGGUUGUGGUCGUCUAUUUCCGACACCACAGGCAAUGGAAGCAGAGCGGCGCUCCACCACCGGAGCCUCCGUCUGCUGGUUCUCCAAACGGUCAGUGUUACGAUGGGCAAACUCAGAGGUGCACCACAGUUCCCACUGUUACUGUCACGCCUUUGAACCCCACCGGCCCUGGUAGCCCAGUUCUUGACAGGCUGUUCAGACAAAAUCAGGAAUCGCUUUACRACAGCAUUGAUUCAAAGGUACUUAUAAGUUCUUGGAGCGAUGGUUCCCCUGCAUGUUCCCGGAUUAUUAGAACCACUACUCCCACUCUGCAGAAGAGUCAGUACUGGGUAUAAAGUUUGCCAGAAAGUUUUAGAAAURUUGCUACAAAUUGAUGUAGUUUCCGAUUUUCACGAGGUUGAAUAACACUAUGAGAUGGAGUGCUUUUGCCCCGUUUUAGUGUAUUGUUUGUUUGCUAAAGUAAUAUAUGACCCAGUUUCAUCAUGCUCAUGAUUUUUAUUUUUAGAAGGCAGACAACAAACAGCCUUGUAACCACCAUCUCUGUUCUUUUUAUUGUCGUAACGAUCUGAAAUGUUCACAAAGUUGGUUUGGUUUGCUUAAAAUUAAUAUCACACGUCACAUUUUUCACACMAUUUCAUAGUUCAAUAUUUAUAAACAGUUACUUUAUACUACUUGACCUAGGGUACACUAAUCUAAACACUGGUUAGAAUCACUAUAUUUAUAUGUAAYUGACAAAUUCUGCUCACUUAGAAGCCAUCUUUGUGAUUAAAUCUAAAAGUUCUGGAUCUGUCAUAACUUAAAGACUGAUCAUAGAUCAAAGAAGUGGAAAAUGAUGCUAAAAGCAUCAAAAGACUGAUUUACUGAGACUCGACAGGAGCAAUGAUAUGUUGUCUAAGUAUUUCAAUUGAUUUUUCAGAGGUUUUUUUUAUUAUUUCAGUGUAUUCUAUAUUAAUGUAUGUUUAGUUUUGUAAACUCAGGUAUUUUUUUAACGGUAUAUUUGUGUUACUUUCAUUAAAGGAAGAGUAAAAUUGACAGUUCUCUUACUGAUGCUGCCCAGCGUGGCUGUUUGUUGAAACAGCUGAUUUUGUACAACUUUUAUAACCACUAUUUCCCGCACUGUAGUCACAUUGCUUUAUUUGUAAACACUUUUGCUGCACUGUGUAAAAAUACUUACAGAUCUGAACUGUAUUGGUACUUAAAUGUGUUUCAGCAUUAAAAUGAGAGCAGAAUAUGAUUUUUAAGGAGGAAAUAACAGUCUAGAGUGGAGCAUUAAUGAAUCAGCAGUUGUUGUUUUUUUUUUUAAAGUUACAACUGAAAAGUCUUUCCAAACAAGUAGCCUUUAGUGACUGAAAUGAGAGUUGCUAUUUAUUAUUUAUCAAAGUCUGUAUAAUGCCUGUCUUUAAAUGAUUGAGAUUAUUUYGUAUAAAUGAACUGUGAAUGAGCAGUAUUGUUGUGAUCUGCUCAGAGGAGCCGUGGGAUGAUUGCUGUCACACAAAAAAACACUGUAAACCACUGAAAGUUUUAAAUAUUCAUAUAUUUAGUGUGAAAUCUCAUUUAAAUUGUAUAAUUUACUUUGUAACAAAAGUGGCAUAUUUAUUUAUACUUUAUUUUUAAUAAAUUACUUUAAAAAUA